AUGUCAAAAGACAGUCGCAACGAUGGACGACGGCGUGGCGGUGGUCAGCACCGACUCGGCAUUAGAAUUGGACAAGGCGGGGACGGGAGGGAGAGGUCUGGCAGCAACAGCUCUGGGUCCUCGCAUGGAGGAGGCAAAAGCAGGAAUACUACCAUAACCGUUGCCUUGAAGGUAAUGUAGCUAGCUCUAUUUUCAAGUUGUACUGUAUAAUGUAACUAUGACCUGCAAAGUAAGACCGCGUUCAGAUAGCCAUCAAAUAUGAACGUAUUAACUAGUUAGCUAACUAACUUGGCUGGUAACCGGCUAGCCACCUCUCAAUUAAACACUGAGUAUACCAAACAUUAGGAACACGUUCCUAAUAAUAUUUAGCUCCCGGGCACGGCCGGGGUCGAACCCCAGGCUGUAGUGGCGCCUCAGACCGCUGCGCCACUCGGGAGACCACGUUGUAAAUCUUGAUACAAACCGGUGUGCCAGGAACCUACUACCAUACCCCGUUCGAAGGCACUUACAUCGUUUGUCUUGCCCAUUCACCCUCUGAAUGGCACACAUACACAAUCCAUGUGUCAAUUGUCUCAAGGCUUAAAAAUCCUUCUUUAACCUGUCUCCUCCCCUUCAUCUCCACUGAUUGAAGUGGAUUUAAGAAGUUACAUCAGUAAGGGAUCAUAGCUUUUACCUGGUCAGUCUGUCAUUGAAAGAGCAGGUGUUCUUAAUGUUUUGUAUACUCACUGCAUAUAGGAUGCCAUCACACAGCAUGCAUACUAUAUAAUUUGUAAGUAUUGAUUACAGUGGCCUGCCAAAAUACAGUAAUAAUAAUAAUAAUAAUAUGCCAUUUAGCAGACGCUUUUAUCCAAAGCGACUUACAGUCAUGCGUGCAUACAUUUUUUUUUGUGUAUGGGUGGUCCCGGGGAUCGAACCCACUACCUUAGCGUUACAAGCGCCGUGCUCUACCAGCUGAGCUACAGGGAUGCAAUGCUUUGUCGACAUGUGGCAAUACAUUGUCAGCUGUGAUAAAAUAUGCCAGUUGAUAGAAUUCAAACAUUCAAAUUAUUCUCUGUGCAUGUAGUGUUAUGUCAGUCAUUAGAAAAUACAAGGCUAUUCAUUGCAGCUAUGGAGGUUAUUGUUAGAGAUGGGUGAGCUCAGGUUAUUACUCAGACAAAAAGUAACAAUUCUUAAUAGUUCCAGUUAAGCAUCUCUUCCAUUGCUGAUGACACCAACAUGUUGAUUUUUAGGCAAAGUGGUGUUUUCAAAAAGAAACCCUGCUAUCACAUGAAAUCUCUUGCUGCAGACCUCAUACGCUAGUAACAACGUUUAUUGUGAAACUACUCAUUUGGCACAAAGUUGCAGGGGGAACAUGUGGGUUUGUGUUUGUCUUCCAGCCUUGUAUGAUUCAUCCAUUGCCGAGUCCAAUCGGAUGCUGCUGAGCCUCAGCCUAUCUGGAUAAUGCAAGCUACCAUUAGCACACUCCUUGAGCCUGCAGUUACACACAUCACUGGCAGCGGAGGACAGGCUGAGGGGCAGGCCUGCUGUGUGCAUGCACAUUUCAAGUUUUAAUUUUCAAGUUUUAAUGUCACAUGCACAAGUACAGUGAAAUGCCUUUCUUGCGAACUCAAAACCCAACAAUGCAAUAAUCAAUAACAAUGUAUUACUAGAAAAAAAACACGCAAAAUAAGAAAUAUGAAAUACAUAAUUAAGUAAGCAUACUAUAUACAGGAAAUAUUUAAAGUCAGUUCCAAUACCACAUGACUGCGCAGUGCUGUGGCAGAGGGAGGGAUUCCCACGGGGGGCCAGUAUGAUUUUUUUUAAACCAAAAAAUAAUAAUGUAUGCACUCACUAACUGUAAGUCGCUCUGGAUAAGAGCGUCUGCUAAAUGACUAAAAUGUAAAUGUAAAUGUGAGAGGGGGCUGCGAUGCAGCGCUGUGAGAUGACAGAAGAGGAGAGAAGCUGUAAAUACAGAAAGCAGUGCAGAGGAGAGGAGAGCCGGCAGGCAGAAAAGCAGCAGUGGUCUGCAGCACGGUGGUGGCUGGCUGCUAGCUCAGCUCAGAGCUCAGCACUGAUUACAGACAGCAGACGGGGUGAAAGGACCAUCAUCCCGCUAAGCACCCGGCUCACUCAAUCACCAUUGGAGUACUUGACACAGCUGGGCAAGUUGCUAUAAGGGUUCGAGCUACAUACAGUCUAUUUUGGUCCUGCUGUCGGAUGACUAUGUCACCUAGCACAAGUGGCAAUGCAGACGAGGGGAAACAGGUUGCUGAAGUGGGCUGCAAAAGUAUGUCAGGGGCGGAUAAGGACGAGGAACCUGCUUACAGACUCUACUUCUAUUCUGUAUGUAUCUUCUAAUCUUUGUCUCUUUCCCACUCUCUUUCUGCAUGCGUCUGUUUGUAGACCUGCUUUUAGAAGGAAAACCCUGCACCUGCUCCUCAGGACUGGCUCUUUCCUGUGCACAUGUAGAGGCUCAGUCUGUAAACCAGUUAGCAUAACACAUGCUCCAAAAACAACCUGUACUGGCUUCCAUAGUCAAGGACAGGUGGUAGCAGCUGAUUAAGUGGAUCAGGAGAGCCUUUCUGUAAGCCUUGCCUGCCUCCGGCUGAACAGCUAGGCAGCCAUCAGUCAAGACUAUAGGCUUCCUGCAAGUCAAGAGUGAUCCCUCAUCAGAUGGCUGCCAAGCCCAGGAAACACAGUGUAAAUAUUUACUGCUAUGAUGGUAACCUAGCUUGCUAUUUGUUAAUUUUCAGUGGAGUUUGGCUGCUCUGUUUGAUGUGCAGCCUCAGUGAUGUUGGUGUUUGAUCCUAUUGUCCUUAUGCUCUUCUAUGGUAAUAGAACGGAUCUUAUAUGUAAAGGAUAUUUUUUUGCUCACUCAAAGUAAGUCAAUUGUGAAUAUUCCAGAAGGACAUGAAAUGGUAGCAGACCAGGACACUGCUUGCUGUUUAUGCAUGUGUAAAACCUAAUGAGUCAAAUGAGCAUGUAGCCUAUUCUGUCAGCAUCCUAGGAUACUAUAGUGUGGGAGUUUCACACAGAAGAGAUACCAUGGGCUUGAUUAAAAGAAAGAAGUACCUCUGUAUUGUCAAACACUUCAUAUGGUAGAUAAACGGUAAUGCUAGUGUUGUUCUAAUUCGUUUCUUUGAACAGUGUCAUGGAAGUAAUUUAUUUUGUUGUAAUCUUUGUGAAUGGCAGUGACAGUUGAGACUCGAGAUAGAACAAUUUGUCUCAUGACAUGACUCGGUUGCUAUUACGGAUAGAAUGCAGAGAACCGUGAGUCUGGUUCAAGUCCCGAUUUUGAUAAGUAAGUCCAAAUUCAGGUAGCAAUUUUUAGUCUAAUUGGGUUACCAGUAGAUUUUACUUUGUUAUCCACCGGGAGAUUAUUUUGCAUUUAAACUCGAAAUAGUGUCGCUGUAAAUCCACUCUAUUCUGUAUUUGGAAAAUAUGCAAAAUAUGUGUGUGUUUGUGCACAUGCGCAUUGGUGUGUGAGUGUGCGAGGGAGAGGUAAAGAGAGGAGCGAGCAAGAGGUUUUGGCAUCCGCUCAACUUGCAUGACUAACUCAAUGUCACUUGAGGUGCCCAGGGAGAGGCCGGUGCCCAGGCAGAAGCCAGGGCCCAGGGUUCAGAGACGUCUCUAUUACAACACAGUACUCUGCAUUUAUUUAUGACAUUUGAUGCCCCCAUGUUAAUUAAACCCAUAACCUAUGUGUCUAUCUCCUGUUACCAAGCACCAUAACAUAACACGCAGGUGUGAAGAGCCACGUUGUCUUGUGCUGUUCAAAACAUCACAUGCUUUAUAUGACCUGUUUGGGGCAGGUUUCCUUGGCCAUAAAACACCAGUGCACAUUCUCUAGUGUAGCCUAGCCUACAUGUAGGGCAACUAUGCUGCAUAAAAAUGUACUACUAAUCUACUGUUCUGAACAAAGCACCAGUUUUCAUCCACAGCGUGUUGUCAAUGUUAUGAACUCAUCCAUGAAGUCCUACAGCUGGGUUAUAUGCCUUCAUGUGAAGUUAGGUUUUGGUAUUUGGUACCAUUUGAUGUAAUCCCCAUUUUGUCUGCAGGCGUCCUUUCAGCGGUCAAACAGCCAUGACAAGGUGAGGAAGAUUGUGGCAGAAGAGGGCCGUGCUGCUCGAAAUCUCAUCGCCUGGAGUGUUCCUCUGGAGAACAAAGAGGAGGAAGGCCAGUGACGUCAAAAUAUAUACACACACACGCUCAAAUGGGACUUAUAAUACUGUAUGUAUCAGUCUGAUGUAAAAGGAAUUAGUCUUUUUAUGAACACAGAUGCGUGUUUCUUUGAAGUAGAUUCCAUUGUGUUUUUCACCAGAUAAAUUUUUGUUGUCUUGGUGGGUAUAGAAUUGAUUGGAUGGGCAAAUACCAAUGUUCACCUCCAGUGGCAGGUGCUGAUAUUGACUUACAGUGCAUGAAUCAAACCCUUUAUCUAUUUGGAAUAGAGGAAUCAAUGAACUUGGGCACAGCAGAGGGCAUUGUGGUGGGGAAAGGUCACGCGAAUCCAGACACUCUCUUGGCUGUAAUACAGUAUCACCGAUAACAAAAUGACAACUUCUGAUUCACCUCUCAGUUAUUCUAUGCAUUGGCCUUCAUAUAUUUCCCUUCCCUGAGACGACUGGAAUCAAAACAGGUGUCAAGAUGAACUUUUGCUGUGAAGAGACAGAAUCAUUAGAUCAUUUGUUUUGGUUCUGUCCAUUUGUAGCUUGUUUUUGGACACAGGUCCAGGAAUGGCUAAAGGAUUGCAAUAUUUACCUGGAACUAACCUUGCAGAUAGCAUUACUGGGUGAUCUGAAAAGUCAUAGUCAAUCGAUCAAUAAUAUAAUAAUACUUUUAGCAAAAAUGUUUAUUUUUAAUUCACAAUCUGUAGAAGCAAUGAGAAUAGAAAGGUUCAGAACUUUUGUAAAACAUCACAGUACGGUUGAAAUAUAUAUGGCAAAUAGAAAUCCUAUAUGGAUGGUGUUAAGAGAUAGAUGGGAGGUAUUGAAUAGAGUUGAAGGAUGGGACUAAUAACAAAUAAUAACAAAGAUAACUAAUAAUGUAAGCAUACUGUGUCCAUAAUAAGUAUAUAGGUUGUAGGUUGGGAGCUUUUGGGAAAGAGCACAGUUAGAAAGAUAUGGCAUAUAGAAGCAAACCGGAUGGACAUCAUGAAAAUGAUUGGAGAGGUUGAGAGUAGAAGAAGUUCAGGAGCAAAAAAAUAAAAUAAAAAAUAUAUAUAUAAUAGAAUUAUUGUAAAAUUAACUCUGUCCAUAAGGUGUAGAUAGUAAGUAUAGACCGGAAGUAGAGGCCUGGGCAAUGUUGUUCACUAAUUUACUCCAAGUAGGGAAAGGAUGGCGGGGUUGAAAAGUAAUAAAGGGGAGUAUAUAUAUAAAAAAACAUGGGGGAUUGGAAGUGAUGCAGACAAUUACAUUGAUAGAAGAUACAAUAUAUCUGCACUAUUAAGCUGAUCCACCCCCCCCCAAAAAAAAGGGGGAAAAAAGAACUCUGUCAUUUCACUGGUCCCUCGUCAGAUAAAAAUAAAAUAAAAUAUCAAUAUGACUCCGAUUUAAUGAGCUUCACACCCACUAGUAGUGGAGGAAUGUUCAAUGGAUUGACAGAAAACAAUCAGUUUGCUAACUUUUAAACAUGAUUGAUCAUGAUUAGGAACACACACCAAUUAACCAAGUUAGUCCUUUGAUUGAACACUGGUUGAAUAUUUCAUAACUGUCUGGAUGGGUUCCGCAAUGGGUAACUCGACAACAAACAAGAAAUAUGUUAUUGGUAUCACAGAUGAAACCUGCUCAUGCUCACAGCCUUGUGGUCAUUGUAACAGGGUUGUUUUCCCACAGUAUUUGGGAAUGCUACCUACUCUGACAAUGUUGGGCAGAGUACAGCGUGAGAGAGGGGGGAGAGAGAGAUCGCUUUCUCUUUUCUCUUGCGGGGCUUUGGGUCAGCCUGUAUUGUGCGUGUGCGGUUCUGUACUUUUAUGUUUUGUUACUCCCUCAGGCCAUAUUCCAUCUUUGGCUAAACAAAGGGUGACCAGAUCAAUGUAAAAGCCAUGUGGGUCUUUUAGAACUAAUAGUCUGUUCUUCUGAAUGUCAAUGUUUUUCAUUUUUUUAUGUUUCACAGGGAAGUCCAAGACCCAUACAAACACCAAUUUGAGGAAUCAGAGAAAUAACUCUGGACUGCAUAGGAAUAAGAAACAGGUGUGCAUAUUGUCAUCUUUUAAUAUUAGCUUACAUACAUGUUCUAAUUUUGCUUCCUUUAUGAAAUAAUAAAACCUAAAGAUGGAUGAAAUAGUUUGCUCACUGCUAUAUAAGCACCUGUACAACUAGAGCUCAUUGUAGACCUAGCAACAUCCUGUUAUUUGUCUCAACAUUAUGCUUUGUCUCCCCUUCUGCUGUCUCUACAGAAUACAGGCCUGGACAGCAAGAGCACAGCCGGGGCCUUGCUUGACAAGGGAGCAGAAAAGAGCCCUUCCAAAGCCAGGCAGCCGCGCAAGGUGGACCUGCGAGCACGAUACUGGGCCUUCCUCUUCGACAACCUGCGGCGGGCCGUUGACGAGAUCUAUGUCACCUGUGAAUCAGAUCAGAGUGUGGUGGAGUGUAAG